UUUGUCCUGAUGCUCGAAAGGAAAAGACUUUGACACAUGCCACCAAGCAGUGAUGCUCUUCAUCAGCACCUCCAUCGAGAAGCUCAUCAGUGUGGACGUAUGGGGCAAUACAUCACUUGUCAAAGACCAUGCAACAGUAUCGCCGUCUCUAUGGGAUGGCGGCAGGAUUCCCCAGACUCUUCAGGGUCACCCCAGGGUGAAUCAUGUAAUCCAACACCCUAAAAAUUCCACAGCCUGCAUGGCUACAAAUAGUCUGGAGUUUAUUGCCUCUUUGACACUUUUAGGGGUCCAACACACACAUGCAGCUUUGUGGGGAGUGUCCAGACAUCUGAGACCUCUGCGUGUCAGAAGAGCUCACUCCAAAAAUAAUAGAGAUAUAGUCAUGAAUGUGAGUGAACGCAUCAGUGUGAUCUACAACAGAAGACAGAGAUCAGGUGUUUCCGGUGUCGGAUCAGAUGAAGUGUCAGUGAUGGAGGGAGAUUCAGUCACUCUAUACACUGGUGUUCAAACAAUCCAACAAUAUGAUAUUAAAUGGUAUUUUAAUGACACUCGCAUCGCUCAAAUCAAUGGAGAUGUCAAUAAGUUCUGUACAGAUGUUCAGUGUAAUGAAGGCACUGAGAGAUUCAGAGACAGACUGAAGCUGGAUCAUCAGACUGGAUCUCUGACCAUCAUGAACACCAGAAACACACACUCUGGACUCUAUGAAGUGAAGAUCAUCAGCAGCAGAAUCAGUGGAAAUAUCUUCAAUCUUUCUGUUCAUGGUGUUUCUGCUGCUGAACGAGAUGAAGUGAAGAGAAAGUCAGUGAAGGAGGGAGAAUCUGUUACUUUACAUCCUGGUGUAAUAAGAAAACCAAGUGAUGUGAUGACGUGGUAUUUUAGUGACACUGUCAUCGCUGAAAUCACUAGAUAUCAGAGUCAGAUCUGUACAGAUGAUCAGUGUAAAGAGAGAUUCAGAGACAGACUGAAGCUGGAUCAUCAGACUGGAUCUCUGACCAUCACAUACACCACAAACACACACUCUGGACUCUAUAAACUACAGAUAAUCUUCAUCAACAGAACCUUCAGCAUCACUAGAGUGAAGAGAUUCAGUGUUUCUGUCAUUGGGUCAGGUCUGUCUUCAGGUGUUGUAGCAGGAAUAUGUGUUGGUGUUGUUCUGCUGGUUUCUGCAGUUGUUACCGCUGGUGAGAUUUACUACCGUCGCCGCAAGUUCAAGCAGUACCAGAUGCCUGAAUGAACGAGAUGGGAAAGGGGAUUGAGGACAAGGCAAACUAUAGAAUAAUCAUUGGAUAGAAUAUUUCCUGGAAACUGAAACAAGGAAAUAACUUGCAUUUCUUUAAUGUUCAUGAUACAAAUAACAAGAUUCAUUCAUGAAGUCUGUAAUCUGUGUCUCUAAAAUAUGUUUUGUGUGUGUUACCAUUACCAAGUAAUAAUGAAUUAUUGAGUUAUACAUUAUUAUAACACUAAUGCACUAAACUUUUACCAACAGUUAUUAGUGAUUACAGUAAAACUAAUAUCAGAAAAGAAAUUGGAACAUUUAAAAAAAAAAGAUCUUGCACAGUUUUUUUAAUAGUAUGUAUAAUAACUGUAGUUUCUGGGGGAAAUUAUUAGGAUUAUCAUUUGCUUUAUGGUUUUUCACAAUUAAUGCAUAUUUUUUUGAACAAGUUAUGAACACAAUGAAUAACUCUAAGCUUGAAACACAUACUGACCGCUCAAACUCUUCCAGUAAUACCCAAUACUCAUGCAGAACCUGUUCACUCAACAGAUCGCAAUACAUUUUUGGUACAGAUGUAAAUGCAUGAUCUGAAUUAGUUUUGAGGAUUCAAGAGUCAACAUGCUAAACUGAUCUUACAAUACCAAUAAUUGGUAAAAGUCUUUGUAUUUAGCACAUUCUUUAGAUCAGACUGAGACUGUCGCUGGAGAUCUGCUACUUUUUAAGAUUUAAGUUUAUUUAUUUCUCUCAUGCUGACAGGCACAUAAUCUACGUGAUCUUCCUCUUCAACUUUCUGUAAAAAAAAAAAAAAAAAAAAAAA